AAAUAAUGGAUCAUUUAAUUCAAGCAUACAAUAGUUCUACACAAGUAUUGAUUCCAGUUCUUCAAAAGAGAUCAAAGGCAUCUUACAUUACAGCCGCGAUUGCCUUAAUAAUCGCUCAACGACUGUACUCUUACUUUCGUGUACCGAAACAUCUACGUGGCUUCCCCAAGCUACCUUACUUUGGAAUAGCAAAGUCAUUGCUGACAAAAGAGUUACCAAGAGAAAGAGUGAAGAAAUACGUCUUACCCAUCAUUGAUGAACGCGAUGGGUUUUAUAUUAGUAAAAUUCCUUUUGGAUGGAUGCUCUACGUCGCUGAUCCUGUAGCAGUGAAGCAGCUUCUACUUAAAUCAAGUAUGUUAAUAUAGAGGCAGCUGGAUCACUGUUUUGUAUAUUGAAUGACUCUAUUUUAUAGGCGGGUUUCCCAAGGAUCACGGACUGAUAGAUGGUAUGGGAAAAACUCUAUUUAUAGACUUCAUUGGCAAAGAUAAUGUAG